AUGGACGAUGAGCGCCUUAGUGACGACCUAGCAGCGUGGGCGUGUGUCCGCCUCGAUCGUCUGCAGUCAGGUGUUCGGUUAGUACACUUGUACGACUCGAACGGAGUCGUUACCAAGGGUGUGCUGCUGGUGCGCAUCAGGAAGACGGUUAGUCAGGCGUGA